GUGUGCUGCCCAAGGCCUUCAGGCAUCAAGCCACGUGAUAGCGGCGAUAAGCGGUGUGGUUAUCGCCUCACGGCUUAUUAUCUAAUCGCAGCUUGGCUCAUCGCCUCGUCAGUCACUCAGUCAGCAGCCCAUCUCCGCAUUCCCUUCUCCUCACGCUUCUCAGGGGCUUGCUGGUUCCCAGUUUCGAUAUCUGGGAGGUCCUAUUUGAUGUGUUGAAGGCCUAUGGUACUUCUGUCUCUCCCUUAUACUCGCGUUGAUUCAUCUUUCUGGUUUGCUGCCUUCUGAUUUCCGUUUGCGGAGGACUAGUUUGCGGAGAACUCACAGGCAGGCCCAUCUUGCCAGGCACACUGUUAUCUUUCCCCUGGUCGGACC